AUGGUGCUGUGGGAAAUCUGGGCUUGGGGAUUACAACCUCAGGGUCUUUAGGAUCUGAGGAAAAGUUUUCCCUCUGGGAAUGUAUCCCUUCCAAUUUUCAUGAGUCACCCCUUUAAAAAUUAGAGUUUAAAAAUAAAAAAAGAUUUAGAGUUCUCAUGCCUCAUAAUCUCAUGCCUCAUAAUCCCAAAGCCCCAACUGUGGUACAGGAGCACUCUCUGGAAGAAUAAGCAAGCUUUUCUCUGCAGGCGAUGUUGGGAAGAACAUUUAGGAUACUUUAUUGAGAAGAGCUUCUAGGCCACUCUGACUUGCUGAUGAUGUUUCUAGGACCAAUGAGGGUUUCUCACCAAAUAAGCAAGCAGGCCCCUUGUACUGGGCCCUGCAACUCCUCAGGAGUUCACCUGCCUUUUCUUGGUAACCUUCUCGUGCUAAGUAGAGAAGCUAAGAAUCACCUAGGGCUGCUCAGAAAGCAGACGUGAUGUUCUCCACCCACAGCCUCCAUCGCCUCGUCUACCUUGGCUUUCAUUCUCCUUAGGUCCCAGGUGCAUACUCCUUGAGCAGGUCUCAGGAAGAUGGCAACCUUAGAGGAAGUUGAGGAGUCCACUCCUGUCUUGUCACCCAGCAGUCUGUCAUCACCAGGGACACCUGGAGACCAGCACCAUGUGCAUCCUCACGGCUCCCCCUGUUCCAGUCCCGAGGCAGCAGACCUGGACCUUCAAGACAUAGAGGAAGUGGAGGUCAGCAGAGACACCUGGCUUGACUCUGAGUGGGAGCCCAAGAAGACUCCGGCCUCUCUCAGUGCCCACAGUCCUGGAGAUGGCCUGGCCUCGGAUGGAAGGGCUCUGAGGGGCCUCUUGAAGAGCCUCCCCAGCAUGUCUAAGUGUGGGGGCAGCUUUGGCGAGGAAUGUACCGUGGAGCAGUCAGCAGGCCUGCCUCCAGGGACCCUGCCUUGCUCUCAGAAAAGGGACACUUGGCACAUGGUGCUCGUGCCACAGGGAGCCCAAGGGACCGAGGACAGCACGAAGAAGACUGCUGAGCUGGGCAGUAGUUUGGGGCGCAGCUGCCGGCAGGCCGGCCCACGGGGCGCCAAGCCACACCGCUGCGAGGCCUGUGGCAAGAGCUUCAAGUACAACUCUCUGCUGCUGAAGCACCAGCGCAUCCACACCGGGGAGAAGCCUUACGCCUGCCACGAGUGCAGCAAGCGCUUCGGGAGCUGGUGGGGCUUCAUGCAGCACCACCGCAUCCACACGGGAGAGAAGCCCUAUGAGUGCGGCCAGUGCGGCCAGGCCUUCAGCCACAGCUCACACUUCACACAGCAUCUGCGCAUCCACAACGGCGAGAAGCCCUACAAGUGCAGUGAGUGUGGCCAUGCCUUCAGCCAGAGCUCCAACCUGGUGCGGCACCAGCGGCUGCACACCGGGGAGAAGCCGUAUGUCUGCAGCCAGUGCGGCAAGGCCUUCAUCUGGAGCUCCGUGCUCAUCGAACACCAGCGCAUUCACACCGGCGAGAAGCCCUACAAGUGUGAAGAUUGCGGCAAGGCCUUCCGAGGUCGGUCACACUUCUUCCGGCACCUACGGACUCACACGGGUGAGAAGCCCUUCGCCUGUGGCACCUGUGGCAAGGCUUUUGGCCAGAGCUCCCAGCUCAUCCAGCACCAGAGGGUGCACUACCAUGAGUAGUGCACAUCCCAAUAAAGUUUGUGGGUGCUUUACCGGUACAUGGCAGGACAUGUCCUGUGUCCAAGUAUGGUGGCUAAAGAAACUGUUUUGUGCUAGGCAUCCAUCUUGAUACCCACCAGCCAUUUGUCUCUGACUCCAGUCCCUGGAGAUAAGUUCCCAGUAACCCUGACGCUGUGACCUCCACCCAAAAGUGCACAGCCAUGACAUCUACGCGUCAUGGUAUGACUAACUGCUCUUUGGCUUCUGUGACCUGCUUGUGCAGACUUGUGAGGACUAUUUGAGUUCUCCUUGGCUACCUAAUCUUGGCAGAGCAGAACAGCUCCUGGCUGGCGUGUGCAGAUGCUCAAGGUCAUCUUGUGGGUUUUGCCUUAAGAAUCCUCCCCUCACCCCCUUCACCCAGCAGUCUCUAGUCUGGCUCAGAGACUGCUGUCCUGCUAGCAGUUUCAAUAAAUAAACCUGUUGUACCUGUGGGACUUAAAUAGCAGACUCCUACGAGCAGGCGAGGACAGAAAGGGCAGGCAGCUCCUGGGGCAAGAUGAGGAAAGGCAAGUGGUUAGCCAAGGUUAGAGACAACAGAAGCCAAGCGAGAGACAGCGCAAGCCCCUGAAGGGAGCAGGGAAACCAAGCUCCAGAAGUGAGAAUCUGGGGAGGGAGAAUCUGCGUGGUUUGGUUUCCCAUGUCUGCAACAAAACUCCAACACACACCAGAAAACACAGAUCCACCAAACAACAUUAAAAAAGU